AUGAUUAAAUCACGUUCCGGUGAUGAAUGCGUUGUUGCUUUAUGUGAUCAAUGGUUUAUAGAUUAUGGAAAUGAUGAAUGGAAAAAAGAUGCACGUCGUGUUCUACAACAACUUAAUGUUUUUAGUGAUGAUACACGUCAAAAUUUCGAAGGUGUAUUUGAUUGGCUUCAUGAACAUGCAUGUUCUCGUUCAUAUGGUCUAGGAACAAAACUUCCUUGGGAUAAACAAUAUCUUAUUGAAUCUCUUUCUGAUUCGACUAUUUAUAUGGCUUAUGAUACUGUAGCUCAUCUUCUUCAGCAGCAAGACUCAUUUGAUGGAAAAAAAAUUGGUUCUGCCAAUAUAAAUCCAUCAGAAAUGACAAUUGAUAUAUGGGAUUAUAUAUUUUUCGUUGAUAGACCAUAUAGUUCAUUAAAAACAAAUAUCUCAAAAGAAACACUUGAUCGUCUUCGAAAUGAAUUUCAAUAUUGGUAUCCGAUUGAUUUACGAUCAAGUGGAAAAGAUCUUAUACCAAAUCAUUUAACUUAUUCUCUCUAUAAUCAUGUUGCUAUCUGGCCAAAUCAAGAAGAAAAUCGAUGGCCAAAAGCAUUUCGUGCAAACGGACAUCUUUUUUUGAAUGGUGAAAAGAUGUCGAAAUCAACAGGCAAUUUUAUGACUUUAAUAGAAGCUGUUGAACGAUUUUCUGCUGAUGGUAUGCGUCUUACUCUUGCUGAUGCUGGAGAUUCAAUUGAAGAUGCAAAUUUUGAUGAAAAAAAUGCUGAAGCUCAACUUCUUCGGCUCUAUACAUUUAUUCAAUGGGCCAAAGAGGUCGUGGCUAUGUCUUCUUCUUAUACAACGAAUCAGUCAGAUGCUCAAGAAUCAACUGAUGGAAAUAAAUCAAAGAAUUAUUUUGAUCGUGUUUUUCAAAGUGAAAUAAAUCGAUCAAUUAAACUUACUCAAGAAGCUUAUGACAAUAUGUUAUAUAAAGAAGUAUUGAAACAUGGUUUCUUUCAACUUCAAAAAAGUCGAGAUAAUUAUCGUGAACUUUGUUCAGAAACUGAACAAUUAAAUAUUCCAUUAUUAAAACAUUUUAUUGAAAUUCAAGCACUUAUUUUAUCACCAAUAUGUCCACAUAUUUGUGAUUAUGUUUAUCAAUUAUUAUAUCCAAAUAAAUCAAUUAUGGAAGCUGGAUGGCCAGCAGCUGGUGAAAUUGAUCAAUCAUUAAUUGAUUCUUGUGAAUAUCUUUUAGAUACUGUACAUGAUUUUCGUACUCGAUCAAAAAAAUUUAAAGAUCACAAUAAGGCAACUAUUUAUGUUGCCGCUAAUUAUCCUCAAUGGCAAACAUUCAUUAUUAAUGAAUUAAAAAAUAUUUAUCAAGAAAAUUCAUCAUUUCCAGAUACGAAAACCUUAGCAUCACAUUUUACGAAUCUAAAAGGAAUUGAUGCAAAAUAUAUUAAAAAAACAAUGCCUUUUGUAUCCUAUUGUCAAACAUUAGUUAACGAGGCAAAUAAUAAUAUUAAUAUAUUAGAUCGACAUUUAACAUUUAAUGAAUAUGAAAUUCUCAAUGAUAAUCAACAAUAUAUUCAACGAGAAUUAAAACUUAAUGAAUUACAUAUAAUUAAAACUGAUGAUGCAGUAAAUAUUAAUAAUUCAGAAGAUAUUACACCAGGUAAACCACUUAUCCAAUUUUCUGUUUAA